CAGUGAAUAGCUCAGAGAUACUUUGAGGAUGGAAAUAAAUGGAAAAGGCUUCCCUUGCUUUUUUAGCUCUUACAAGCUUUGAAAACUGCUGGGAAAAAGACCUGAUUGGUGAAGGAUUAUGUGGAAAAGCAAUAUAGCAGUUUUCCAAGGAGAAGUUGUGGGAGAGGAGCAGAACAGUGUCCAGAGGGAAAUAUUCACUAGGAUUUCUUCCUAGGUGCAGAGAGAAAGUGUUUGGGGAUCUCUGAUAUUUCAGCAUCUGAACCAGCUCCUGUAUCAGGACAUAUGGGACUGGAAAAGAAGAACAGCAGCUGGAGAGUCCCUGGAGUUAAGCUGACGUUAUCAGCACGGGAAGAAGGACCCAUUUAUCAGCUCUUCUAUGUAGUUUGCAACUAUGGGGCAUAUUUUUAAAAUGCAAGGAUGUGUGUUCCCCCCUGCAACCGCUGACUUUAGCACCUGAGCUCCCCGGAAGGAGGGAGGGCAGAGAAACGUGCAGCCUACCCCAGUUUCUCCAGGGUGCCAGGGACACCGGCAGCACUGGAGCUUUGCUUCCCAAGCCAUGAGCAGACACAUGUGGUUCCCUUUGCAGUAUAUCUCCAAGCCCUUCUGGAGAGCAGAGAAUCACACCACCAGCUUCUUCUCCACACUGUACGGCUUCCCAAACCAAUCCUUCUUUCACAGCGAUCUGGACCUGGAGGACCUGGGGGACUUUGGCAGUGGGACCAGGUAUGAGGGCGAGUCCCAGAGCCGGACGGUGAAGGCGCUGCUGAUAGUAGCCUACUCAGUGAUCAUCUGCAUCUCCCUCUUUGGAAAUACGCUGGUGUGCCACGUGGUUAUCAAGAACAAAAGGAUGCACUCAGCCACCAGCCUCUUCAUCGUCAACCUGGCCGUUGCCGACGUGAUGAUCACCACCCUCAACACGCCCUUCACGCUGGUGCGGUUUGUAAGCAGUACCUGGGUUUUUGGAAAGCUGAUGUGUCAUGUAAGCCGAUUUGUUCAGUACUGUUCCGUUCACGUGUCUGUAUUGACCCUUGCUGCCAUUGCUCUGGAUCGGCAUCAGGUUAUCAUGCACCCUCUCAAGCCACGCAUGUCCAUGGUGAAAGGAGGGAUUUGCAUCAUUAUCAUAUGGGUUUUGGCCAGCUGCUUCUCAUUGCCUCAUGCCAUUUAUCAGACCUUGACAAGAUUUUAUAUUGGGAACAGAACAAUACGAAUGGUCUGCCUACCCAGCUUCCCUCCUCCUGCUGACCUUUUCUGGAAGUAUUUGGACUUGACUACUUUUGUUCUCUUGUAUGUCCUGCCCUUGCUUGUGAUCUCCAUCACAUACACCAUGGUAGCUAAGAAGCUCUGGCUGAGGAAUGCCAUUGGGGACAUCACGAUGGAGCAAUACUAUGCACAUCAGCGGAAAAAGAAGAUGACGCUGAAGAUGCUGAUGGUGGUGGUGAUUGUGUUUGCAGUGUGCUGGUUCCCCCUGAACUGCUAUGUGGUGUUGAUCUCCUGUAGGGCUAUCCACAGCAGCAAUGCUCUGUACUUUGCUUUUCACUGGUUUGCCAUGAGCAGCACUUGUUACAAUCCAUUCAUUUACUGUUGGCUGAAUGAGAGCUUCAGAUCUGAGUUGAAGUCUUUGCUGUGCGUGUGCCGGCAAAGGAGUGCAGCCCAGAGCCAUGCUCUGCAGUCCAUCUCCCCUCCAUUCAGGCAUGCCUGGGUUGAGAACUGCCAUUAUAAGAGAGGCAGUGCCUGCCAGAAAACAAGGGCAACCUCCCAGAGGAACUCUGCAAAGACAGACAUAUCCAGUGUUCAGCCAAUUGUGGCAGAAAACUAAACCCUUGAUCUGAUGGCCAGGCAGCAUUCUGUUAUAAUUGCAAAAUCACAGGGAAAAAAUGGAUUGCAAAGGGCUGCUGGAGAUCAUCUAGUCCAACCUUCCUCCCAAAACAAGCUAACUUCAAAGUUCUGUUGGGUUGACUGGGACCUUGUCCAGUCAGGUUUUCCGGGGAUGAACUGCUCAUAUGUGGGUUCCAGAAUGAAGUGUGUAGAGUGAACUUUUCAUCUAAACAGUCAGCAAAAAUUAAGAAAAUUCUUCAGUAGCACACCAAAUCUUUCAUAGCCAGAGCAAAUGAAGAGAACCUAUAGACAUGAACUAAUGCAUACUGUUUUAAAGUAGGUGGUUGUUUAUGCAUAUAGAAACACUGCAUUGAUUCCAUCCUUUUAUUUAUUUGCAAUUUAUUUAAGAUUAAUAUUUGUAGCCAUUCGCAAGUUUCCACCCACAACAUCUUACCUGUUUACUCUGCUGUUAUACAAAUUACUCAGCUCUGCUCAUCUGAUUCAUUGUGACCCAGAAGUGUUUAUGCCAGUACCAUGUACAGAUGUGCUUCCUGGUAGAGGAGGAAACAUCUCAAAAAUCACAAUGAGAACACAACUUAGAAACAGGACAGCAAAAAAGUUACUCCAUUCUUCUUUCAAUUGUUUGUUUUGUUCUGUAAAGGUUACUCCUAGUUACCACAAAACAUUGUUUAAACUGCAGUGUCUGGUCAAGAAAGAAAUUAUGGAAGUGAGCUUAUUAUCAAGCACUAGCCAGCUGAGGAACCAACCCUUUCUUAAAACACAUACCACAUACCAUUUUGUUGAGGAGUGACCCAAUGCCCACUCGCCAAACACCACCUGCAAGCCAAAUAAAUGGUUUCAGAAUAA